AUGCAACAUGCAAGGGUAUCGAACCGUACCAGUUCUUCGCAAUAUAAUGCAAGAAAAGAUAAGGAUUCAUCAAUUGGACACAGACAGAUGUCUGCCAACCAUGCAAGCUUAACUGUUGGUGUAAACAAAGUCUUCUCCAAUCGCCAAAUUGACAAUAGCACUGCUGACGGCUCAAAAACAGCCAAUCGACGAGUCAACCACGGCAUUAAACCAUUGGGAACGCCAUUAUUCAAGGUUCCUCUGGAUACCCAUACAAAGGAUACUCAAUAUCCACCUAUACAAGUUAAUUUAUGGUUUCACGAGUUUCGAACGACCCAGGAGGAGAUCUUAAUUGAUCCAAAAGCAUUUCCUGAAGGAAUUGUCCCGGGACAAGUCAUUGAGAUUCAAAGUCUUGGACCAAAGAGUAGUGCUGGUAAAAAAUUGGUAUUGAAACUAGGUCCAAAAAAUAUCCGUGAACAAACCGAUCUUCUGGAUAUAACGUCUUUGACCAAAACCCAAAGCCAAACUCAAUCACAGUUUCAAAUAUCAUUGAUGUCCAACCCAUUUCAGAAACUCUUGGACUUGGCUCCAAGAAGCCUUAUCCAAGUGAAGAAAGUAACCAAUUUAGAUUCAGUUGCUAUUGACUCUAUGGAGAUAUUCAUUAAGGAUGUCAACUUAUCGAGAGAUGCCAUGUGGCAAUUUUCGUCCUCUCUCGUUGACAAGUGCUGCUACACUGACCAACGGCUAUCGUAUUUGGGCUAUAGAAUUGGGGUUGUUAAGUACAUCUACAAGAGCGGCCGCAAGGUAUUUUCCGGAUAUAUCAAUGAGGAUACCAAAAUCAUUUAUAGAAGCGAAAGUGCCAAACUAACUGUUUUAAUCCAACUAUCACGGGAGAUGUGGCACUUUGAAGAAAAUGGCGAAAUCAUGUUUCAUAAGUUGGUAAACAAUUUGUUUCCAAAAAUAUUCCGACGUUGGAGAGACAAGGGUACCCACCAUUCCAUUACGAUUGUGUUAUUCACCAGUGUGGAUUUGACUGACAUACCUUGGACGCAUUUAAGUGCAGGUGAAAGACCACCCAAAAGACGUGAUUAUUUCAGAGUAGUAGUUGACCAAGUUAAUAUCCUACACUGGGAUCGAAUAAUGGCCAAUUUAAGAUUAGAAUUUGCAAACUUUAAAAGAGAUAUUAUGCUUCGUAAAGGUGAUGAUUCUAAUUAUAUAAUGGAAGGUCAACCAUUACCAGCAGUAAAGGGGAAUACUUUGGAGGCGCUCAAUGUCGGUUUAGUACUACUCAAUGACCGAUUUCGAAACACCGACCUUAAGCAUUCUCUAAACCAUUUCAUGUUGAUAACUGCGGGUAUCGGUUUGUUCGAUGUGGACUACAAGACGUUUUUGGAAACAAGUAAAAAAAUUACUAGCAUUGAUACUAGCCUUGACAUUAUAUGUUUAAGCGAACCUCCUUUGCAUGUAACUCCCUUAUUUCGGUUUAUUAAAAGUGGGAAACUUUGCCAUUGUGUUCCUGUUUGGUGUGAUAUAUCCUUUUAUAAAAACAGACAAGAGGAAAACUUUCAAUGGAUACCUAGAUGUAAAAUUUACGAGCUACAAAUGAUGGGAGUGAUGGAAAAUGAAAUUAAUGAUGCCAAAAUCCCGCGAUAUCACAUUGAUAGUCAAAUGCACUCGCUUCAAAAGAUUAUGGAAAGAUACGACGAGCAUAUAUUUAAGCCGAUACAGCACAACCAAGAAAGUAAAAAAGAGGUGGAGGUUGAAGCUAAGCUUGAAGAACCUAAAUUCAAAGCACCCAAAGUAAAAGAUUCAAAAGCUACUUUAUCACUAAUAUUCAAUGAGCGCACAUCACUUUUGCCAAUAUACAAUUCUACAACAAACUCAUCUGCAAUUGGAAUGGUGGCGCAUCCAAGCUCGGAGGUAUCAGCGCUUACAACUUUGUACAACAUUAACAAGAACCGAGAGGAUAAAACGCAAAUGUUUACUUCUUCUUUUUCUACUCCUUCUUCUUCGGAACAACCUUCUAAUUUAAAAGCAUCAGUUUCCGCCUCCUCAAAGCUACCGAGAAUCAUCCAAAACUUCCGAAAGGACUCCUCCUCCUCCUCUUCUGCAGCGGCGGCGGCUGCAGUUACUAAUACUACUAAUACUACUACUACCCCUACUACCCCCAAAAUAAUAAAUGGCGAGAAACUCUUUUCAAGAAGAGACAAUAUUAGACGUGCUUAUAUUGCUGAAGCACAAACAAAAACAAACAACGAGAAAAGAGCAUCUGUUUCGGAAACACAAGCAGAAGCACCAUAUGCUGCGUAUUGGAUCGAGAUCAAAAACCCUUCAAGAGAUGUGGGUAGUGAUAUAAUGCACAAGGCCCCAUUAAGCAAAUGGAGCAAUUUAUUUCCAGAUAACAUUCAGAGAAAGAUUAUUAAAUGGAGAUCGUUUCAAGCUCCUGCUGCGUUACCAAUUGUAUCUAGGGCGUUCCCAACACUACAACAGAUACAGGAAAACUACACUUCUCAAACGUACUCUAUAUACUUGAGUCCGGAAAACUACUUGGAACUUACAACGACAUCGGAGUUGAUGAGGGAAAUGAUUCAAUUGAGGUUGAUGUUGGGUUUUCAAAUUUGUUAUGGUGAGAAAGUUAAAAAAGUCGAAGCCGAAAGAAAACACACGGGAAACGCUGAUAGUGUUAUUAAAUAUUUUCCGCUGGGUGAUUGUAAUGGCUCGAGAAUCUAUAUGUCCCUUGAUGAUGAAAUUCAUCGUAUACACUGCGACUAUGGUGGCAAUUUAAACGUUCAAUUAUACAGGAAGACCAAGUUGGAGGAGGAGUCCAAAAUCACUUUAGGCCAACGAAAACCACAGUCGUAUUUCCCAUUGAUUAGAACAAGAUAUGCGGACGAAUACGGGCCUUCACAAGUUGACACCUUAGCCUCACAUCCUCAAACUUACAAUUGGAAUCAAUUUGAUCAGUUAUUGGCUGGAUUAGAUGAUGCUAUGCCCGAUAAUAAAAAGGAAUUUCACAAGAUGAAGUUUGUUGUCAUGCCUGCCGAGAUUCCCAAAAAUGCGUAUUCACUUACCAACGAACAUUUAAAUGCAGAGGAAAUCAGAGUUGAGGGAUUGAGAAAAUUGAUUGCAUAUAUUGAAAAGGGAAAAUAUGUUAGAAAUCAAUCGUACUCCAAGGCUUCAGAAAGAUAUUUUGAUAUUAUUUUCUAUACUGGAAACUUGUACGAUUUUUUGACCAACGAGGCGCAAAAUUAUGAUAUUACAGGGAACCAGCUGAUCUUAAUGAUCCCAGAAAACGCGCGAUUCAACAAAAAUGUGAAGUUAUCAGAGCUAGCAAUGGAGUUGCAGCAUCAGAAAUCUGGGUUGAACUUGGUGGAUCGGACUUGGCAUUUCAAGCGUCAUUUACAAUGCUUUAUCGGUAGUGAAUUUGUAACAUGGAUAAUGGAUUGUUUUGAAGACAUCCACACCCGAGAAGAAGCAACCGCUUUUGGUCAAAGUCUCAUGGACAAAGGUCUCUUCAAACAUGUUGAGCUGAGACAUGGCUUUAUAGAUGGAUAUUAUUUUUACGAGUUUGAACCGCAGUAUUUGGAAAAGAUUGACAAAACAAAUCGUGGAUCAUCAUGGUUUAGCAGCAAUGUUAAGAAGGACGGAUCACUCACUCCUAAAAGCAACUCUUCACCAAAAGUUCAAAGUGUAGGGGAGUUGGUCAAAAUCACUUCGUCGCAAAAUCUUUCAUUUGAUGCUUCGUCCUUGGCCGACUCCACUGGGAGAAAAAGGAUGAAAUUCAUUCUUGGUAGAUCUGUCAAGUUUGAUGUUGAUCCUUUGCGCAAGUCCUAUAGACCCGAAUUAGUUACUGUUCAUUACGAUAGAGUGCAUAAUCCUGAGCACUGUUAUCACAUCCGCUUACAAUGGCUCAACACCACCAAUAAGUUUGUCGAAGAUACAAUCACAACUUGGUCUCGAAUGUGCGAGAAAUAUGGAUUGAAAUUAGUAGAGACACCAUGGAAAGAAUUGUGUGAGAUACCCAAGGUGAAUCCGUUCCACUCCUUUGUAGAAGUAAAGUUAUUGCUAAACCCUUGGCUUGAAGAGGAGUUUGCGGAUGACAAAAUUUUAUCAACCAACAAGUAUUACUAUCAUUUGUAUUUUUUGAAAAAAUUGGAGUUCUUUUUGGAUAAUAGGACAUCAUCAUUUUUUCAGAAGGACAAUAUAGAUAUAACGUAUAGUUGGGGUAAACCUACAUUCCAAUACGCGCAAUUCAUUCACAAAACAGGAUUCUACAUUGUAGAGUUGAGAGAUAACGGAGACUUUUUCUUGGCACCCAACAAUAUGCAUUUGACUAGAAUUGGAUUAUCAAGCACUCCAGCUGGUGAGUAUGAAACAACGGCGAGAGCUAUUCAUUUGGACUCUCAAAAGAUAAUGCUAUAUUUCCGAGCAGCUUGUCAAAACCAGGAGUUUUUGAAAAAGGUGUUUCAUGAAGCAAAAUAUACGUGGUCUGAAGAGACAAUCACACAAAUCAAUUAA